AUUACUAACUCACUGCCCACUCUCUCACAGGGUCACUGCCUCCUCGCAGCCAGGGACGAGGCGAUUCCUCCCACCAAGUUCGCCCCCAAUUCGCAUCAUCGCCUCCUACCCUCCACUAACCCUAGCGACAGACAGCUGCGCUCCCGAUCGCCUGGCUUCCCGCCGGAGCGCUAGAUCCGCAGGUGCUUGGCCCCGCGCUGGUGGUGAGCUUUCCGGAUCGGAGCGAAGAUGACGGAGUCGUUGGUGCGCAACAAGCCGGGGAUGGCGAGCGUCAAGGACAUGCCGCUGCUGCAGGACGGGCCGCCGCCUGGCGGGUUCGCGCCCGUGCGCUACGCGCGCCGCAUCCCCAGCAAGGGCCCCAGCGCCAUCGCCCUCUUCCUCACCACCUUCGGCGCCUUCUCCUGGGGCAUGUACCAGGUUGGACAGGGGAACAAGGUCCGCCGUGCACUGAAGGAAGAGAAAAUUGCUGCCCGUAGUGCUAUUCUGCCAAUGCUCCAAGCUGAAGAGGAUGAAAGAUUUGUGAAAGAGUGGAAGAAGUAUCUUGAAGAGGAAGCGAGGAUCAUGAAAAAUGUUCCUGGGUGGAAAGUUGGUGAGAGUGUGUAUAAUUCUGGGAAAUGGAUGCCUCCGGCAACCGGCGAGCUGCGUCCUGAGGUUUGGUAAUGCCCAAGAUUUUUUCUUCAGCCUAUCGAAGAUGGCAUCAUGUCUUGAGGGCAUGAAUAAGGCUUUUAGACCUGGAUACCCCAACAUUUGUUAUGAGAAACCCACUCUUGAGCACUUGUCAUGUAUUUCUUGUGUUGAUGACGAAAUUUGGCUGGCUAAUAAUUUGACAUACCAAGCCGACUUUGGUCUUUAUAUGAACCAUCUUUUUUUUUAUUAAUGUAACUUGUCUUUGUACGGCUAUUUUGCCCAGUUAUUUUCCUUUCAUGGUAUAUCCCUUCA